AUGGCCCAAGAACUGAAGCUGUUCAGGACAUGGUCAAGUCCGUAUGCUUUGAGAGUUGUACACGCGCUCAAGAUCAAAGGCUUAGAAUACGAAACAGUGUUUGAGGAUCUGACAAACAAGAGUGCUUCACUCCUAGAGUACAACCCCGUACACGAGAAAGUACCUGUUCUUGUGCACAAUGGAAAACCAAUUUGUGAGUCGCUUGUGAUUCUUGAAUAUGUUGAUGAGGUGUGGAAGCAGUUCCCUCUCCUCCCCCGAGAUCCUUAUGACAGAGCCAUGGCUCGGUUUUGGGCAAAAUUCGGUGAAGAUAAGGUUCUACUAUCAAUAUGGGGUGUUUUCAUCUCUAAAAGAAAAGGACUAGAUGAAGCAAUAGGUCAAGCCAUUGAGAACCUGAAAUUCUUGGAAAAUCAGCUCAAGGGGAAGAAAUUCUUUGGGGGGCAGACGAUUGGUUAUCUGGAUAUUGCCCUCGGUUGGAUGGCCAAUUUAAUCAGCAUCUUGGAAGAAAUAGCCGACCUGAAAUUAGUAGAUCCAGAGAUAUUUCCACUUUUAUCGGCAUGGAUGAUUGACUUUGCGGAUUAUCCACUCAUAAAAGAAUGCUGGCCACCUCGUGACAAGAUGGUCGAGAAAUUCAAAGCCAUGCGCGAGCCAUAUCUCGAGAAAUCUGAGUGA